CGCACACUCGAGCAAUGCAACAAAAAAUGUAUAAAAUCACGUUGCGCCAAUCGAUGCACUUUCAGUAACAAACUACCAGCGACAGAAAUAGCCAGUGAUCGUCAUCAGCGAGAAGCGUGUGAAAAAGUGUUACAAUGGCUGGAAGCAACAGAUUAGUGGGCACCUUCCUACUACUGCUGCCGGUGUGCAUUGUGGUUGGUCAAAGCUUGCGAAGACUCCACGUGACCGACUGGUGGGAGCAGUCGGGAUUCUAUCAAAUUUAUCCGCGAUCGUUUAAAGAUAGCAACGGUGAUGGAAUAGGAGAUCUGAAUGGCAUUACUCAGAAGUUACCGUACUUGCAAUCUUUGGGAGUGAAAGCUUUCUGGCUAUCGCCAAUUUACAAAAGUCCGAUGGCCGAUUUUGGGUACGAUAUCGCUGACUUUCGAGACAUACAGCCGGAGUAUGGCACAAUGCAGGACUUCAAAAAUCUCGUUAAAGAAGCGAAGCGCUUGGGACUGCGAGUCAUUUUAGAUUUUGUGCCAAAUCAUUCAAGCGAUGAGCACAAUUGGUUCAUAAUGAGUGAGAAUCGUACGGCAGGGUAUGAAGAUUACUACGUGUGGCAUGACGGCAAACCAGGAAGCAAUGCAGAACAGAAUGAUCCACCAAAUAAUUGGGUGCAAUCUUUUCGUGGUAGUGCUUGGGAAUGGAGCGAGAAGCGCAGGCAAUACUAUCUCCAUCAGUUCCAUCGUAAGCAACCAGAUCUGAAUUAUCGAAAUCCAAAAGUCGUCGAGGAAAUGAAAAACGUCAUGCGCUUUUGGUUGGAUCUAGGAGUUGAUGGUUUCCGCAUCGAUGCAGUGCAAUGGCUAUUUGAGCACACUGGAUUCUUGGAUGAGCCUGAAUCUGGCAAUUCCGAAGACCCUCUCAUGCCAGAGUUCCUAGAUCACAUUUAUACACAAAAUCUGCCGGAAACUGUCGAUAUGGUAUACCAGUGGCGCGCUGUUAUGGACGAAUACAAAAAACAACACGGCGGAGAUACAAGAGUGCUGAUGACAGAAUGUUGGUCAAACCUUUCCAUAGUCAAAACCUACUUUGAAGAUGCAAACGGAGUCCAAGGUUCUGAAAUGCCCUUCAACUUCCAGUUGAUCCUUCGUUUAGAUAAAAAUAGCAACACCGCAUCUGACUUCAAAACGGUUAUUGAUUCGUGGCUUGACACCGUUCCUGACGGACAUACUCCAAACUGGGUGUUGGGAAACCACGACAAACGUCGUGUUGCAUCGCGAAUGGGAGGGGCACACAUGAUCGACAUAAUGGAAAUGGUGCAACUGUCAAUGCCGGGUGUUUCCGUCACCUACCAGGGUGAAGAAAUCGGUAUGCUAGAUACUGAAUUAUCCUGGGACGAUACUGUCGAUCCUGCCGCUUGCCAGACAUCUCCUGAAUAUUACCAAGACUAUACGAGAGAUCCAGCUCGUACCCCGUUCCAAUGGGACACUACAGCCAACGCAGGUUUCACAAAUUACUCAAAACCUUGGCUGCCAGUUUCGCCGGCGUACACGACGGUUAAUGUCCAGGUGGAAGAGUCAGAUAGCUGGAGUCACCUAAAAUUGUUCAAAGAGAUGAUGAAAUUGCGUGAGUUGGAAGAUUUCCGCAACUGCCACUACCAGACUGCAGUUCUGGGAAGCAACGUUUUCGCUAUUAUACGAUCUGGACCCGUUCUCUUAGAAUCACACGUUUAUGUAACUGUCGUGAAUUUGGUAAACGCAAACUCUACCGUAAACAUUACAUCGUUAUAUACCCAAUACCGUUUACGAGCUGAGAGCAAGGUAAAGGUUGCGAUACGGAGUGUUUCUUCCAAAAGAUCUCAAGGAGAGGAGAUUACAGCGGAAAAUAUAGUUCUGCAGCCUUAUGAGGGCUUAGUUCUAACAAGUGCAGCCAUGCAGCUUGCAGGCAAAGUACUAUUUUUGUUGACGGCAGGGACAAUGCUUGUUUUCAGGAUAUUGUAAAUUUGAGUAUUGCCUAUAAAAAUAACAAUUUUACAGUAGUGAAUGCAGAUGAUGAUCAGUGACUAUGCAGAAGUUGUUUCCAAUGCAUCUGGUUCGGAAACUCAUGUUGCCUCUCUGGAUAACAUUUAGGUUUGUAAUACAAUAUCAUGCAAUUACAGUAAUUUGCAUUUGUGAACAAUAAACAUUAUCGCUCAGGUAUUUAACUAAUAAAAUGCCAUACUUUAGUUCAAA